AUGGCUACUAUUCGUGCUGCGCUUCCGCAGCUUUCGUCAGCCGUGCGACGCAAUGCUGCGCGCCAAUUUCACUCUUCCCCCUUCCGCGCCGCCGUUCCGCACCCGAUCACUGCCCACGGUCCCCCGCCCAAAGCUCCGGCACCAUCAGCAGAAUUCAAGAGCAAAGUCCGCCAAUCGGAAAAUGAGUCAUCUCCAGGAGAGGAAUUGCCAUCAAAAUUAACUAAGCCUUCCCCGUUGAAGUCGCGAUUCUGGAAAGAUGUCCACGUUCAUGGCAAGGCCGGAGAAUACCAAGUACUACUCGACAAGCGCCCCGUGAGAACCCCGAACAAGGACAUCCUCUCAAUACCCCCAACCAAGCCUCAACUGGCGCACGCGAUUGCCCUCGAGUGGGAUGUGAUGACAUCUGCUCAGCAAGCUCUCAAAAGCCAUUUGAUCCCCUUGACCUCCCUAGCAGCUCGUGCUGAAGAUAUCGUUCGCGAAGAUGCUCGGGGCGAAAAUACCACCCGAAGCCAGAUUGUCAACACCGCCAUGCGAUACCUGGAAACGGAUACGCUGCUCUGCUGGGAGCCGGAACGACAAGCUGGAUUGUUUGGAAGAAUGGAGGCAAAUGGAGAGAAUACCGAGACUCUGCGCGAGAUUCAGAUCCGCGUUUCUAAGGAUAUCAUGAGCUUCCUCUCCACCAAGGUCUGGCCCGGGUUGGAGAUCAAGCCUAUUCUCGACGCGGACAGCAUCCUCCCAGUAUCGCAGCCACCUACCACCAAGGAGACCAUCCAAGGCUGGGUGUCGCAGCUGGCACCCCAUGAUCUGGCUGGUCUGGAGCGAGGCAUUCUGGCUUCGAAGAGUCUGCUGGUGGCUGUGCGCUUGCUGGUGGAAUGGAGUGAAAACUUCCGCCACAUCCAGCGGUCUCAAGAGAAGAAGUUCGGUCUGGACGAGGCAGCCGAGGCCUCAAGCUUGGAGGUCAAGUGGCAAACGGACAUGUGGGGCGAAGUUGAAGAUACUCACGAUGUGGCUAAGGAGGACAUGAAGCGACAACUGGGCAGUGUUGUCAUUUUGGUCAGUGGCGAGACUCGAUAG